UUUUGUUUUCCCCCAAUUACAAACCCUUAUUUUGAAAACUGCUACUCUGAGUGACAGAACAACUUUAACUGGUACACAACACAAGAGAGAACAUAGAAUGGCUAGACCCAAGCAUCACAAGGCUAAGCCUAGCAGACAAGCCAAACAGCCGCAACCGAAAAAACGCGGCGGAAAGCAGCAAAACGACGUGUCUGAAUUGCGGGGGCAGCUUGAUGCGUUAGGCCUGAAAAUAAUUCAAGUGACUGCCGAUGGUAAUUGUUUCUUCAGGGCAUUGGCAGAUCAAUUGGAUGGUGAUGAGGAUGAGCACGAGAAGUAUCGGAAUAUGGUUGUUCAAUUUAUUAAGAAUAAUCGGGAAAUGUUUGAACCCUUUGUUGAGGACGAAGUUCCAUUUGAGGAAUACUGUCUAUCCAUGGGCGAGGAUGGCACUUGGGCAGGAAACGUGGAACUGCAAGCAGCUUCUCUUGUCACUCAUAGUAACAUAUGCAUUCACAGGUGUUACUUAUUUGCGCAGAACAUGUCUCCACGCUGCUCUUAUCAUGAUGGCGAGCAUUACAAUAGCGUGCGCUCGAAGGAUGACAGUUGUGCUGGUCCAGCUAGGGAAAUUGUCAUUAAGGGCGAUGCUGCUGUUUCAGCAAAUGCCAACCAACCGAAAGCAACUGCCAGGAAGUCAAAAGAGGAAGGCAGAAGGGCUGUUGUAAAGGCGGGAAGUGGGUGUGAAGAUGCAACAAAAGUCGAACAGGCUUUACAACAAAUGGGGGGUGACGUUGAUGCCGCUGUAGAAAUCCUAUUGGCUGAACAAAGACUUCUCGAUGGGACUGUUGCUGAUGAACUUCAGAGUGAAAAGUCCGAGCGUCCUGUGGAUGAGACAUGCAAGCUUGAUUCAUCUGGCAAUGGUGUGGAAAUAAGUUGCCAAAGGAACAGCUUGCAAAAAGAUGAAAAGAAAAUUUCGAGAAACAAAGCCUGCCCUUGUGGCUCGAAAAAGAAGUAUAAGUCUUGCUGUGGUGCAGUUGCCGGAAAAUCUUCUGCCAGAUUUCCAGUGUAUGAAUUCGCAUUCAAUCCUCUUUUCUUAAUCAAACAGUUGACUAUGGGAAGAAUCGAAAAGACCGAAAGCAAGCUCGGAAAGUUAGCUCAGCUGCUACAAAUAAUACCAUUCAGUCCGAUGGAGGCCCACCAGACAUGGGUUCAUUAUGCAUUUAGCACCAUUUACCAGUUUUUAAACGCAGGUUAUUUUCAAAUCGUAAACAAUUCAACGCUAGAGACCCUUUCGAGUUAUUUUUCUGGCCAAUUUUUCUUGUCCAUUGCUGUUGUUGUAGCAAGCUACAAGUUUUUGACCCUUUUGGUGGGUUACAUAUAUAGGUUAGUAGUUUUUGAAAUGCAAUCAACUACAUAUGAUUAUUUCUUACUCAAAUUGUGUAUAAGAAGG